UGCAAAGAUAGGAUCUCUUGCAAAUUCGCUGAGAACGAUUCAUCUGAAAUCAAAUGUGCCACACACUGCCGAAAGGAUCCCUGAAGAUGCAUGUUCCUCGAGAUCCUAGCCCUUGAAUGUAUCUUCAGUGCCAGGGUAUAGUGGAAAAAAAGGGGAUCAUCUUUAUCAAACGAGCAGUAAACGAGAAGACAGAAAUACGAUCAUAUGAACAUGGGGAAUCGCUGUCGUGCCAAACAAUGCUAUUCUACUUAGACGCAUUCUUUUGUUUUUGGUACGACAGGCAAAUUGGCAGGUACACAACGCGCCCGACCCAUUAGCCACCCCUAUAUCCCCUUCAGAGCUCCUUAACAUCCUGCGCUGUUUCACCCAUAACAUAGGUAUGCGCAUCUAGUACACCCCCAUUACGAUCGAAAGAAUGUGCCUGUUACAGCUCGAGAACUACGUUUGAUAUUCGUGACAGCCUUUGUAGAGCAUGAGUAGAAACAACGAUAUUUUCUCACAUUGAGUUUCCUUGAAGAUUUUCUACUGUAGUUUAAACUGAACCUCCCGCACAAGAAAGAGGACAAAAAAUGGCGACAAUUUCCUCAGCGAUUCAUCACCUGGACAUUGGAAGCCAUGCUGCGGCUUCCAGUUCGUCUUCAACUGCCGUUUCGGCGCUCGAAAAGGCCAACCAGAUGGUCAUCAAAGCCGACGUAAACAAGGAGGGUUGGGAAUCAAGUGAUUUCCCGAUCCUAUGCGAGACCUGUUUGGGACCUAAUCCCUACGUCCGAAUGGCCAAGGAGGAAUACGGCAUAGAGUGCAAAAUAUGCACGAGGCCGUUUACGUUGUUUAGGUGGAAGCCGGGAGCGGAUGCGAGGUACCGACGUCGUUAUGAAUUUUUCUUUGAAGAACAACAUGUGAAUCGCGAACAAGUUGCUGCUCAACAACAUCGCAUCAAACGAUUUCUUGAGUUUCGCAUCAAACGAUUUCUUGAGUUUCCUGUAGAUCUCCGCAAAGGAUGAAGAACCACAAAUCCAACAAAUCCAACUUCAAGGUACAAAGCAACCGUGGUUUGUCAAACAUGUGCGCGAUUGAAGAACUGCUGUCAGACGUGCCUUUUCGAUCUAGAAUACGGGCUGCCGAUUCAAGUCAGGGAUCAGUACAACAUUAAUUUACCUUGUUCCUAGUAGUAGUAGUAGUAGAAACAGGAGUAGUAGUAGUAGUAGGCUAGCCACACAUUUUCAUACUCGACUUAUAAGCAAUUACUUUCCUACCAGUAGCAAUUUCGUUUCUUCAAUUACCUAGAUCCAGGCAUCCACACGACCAAAUAAACCUCGAAUCACAGGCACCUCGCAGAAAACGAGAGGAUAAAUAUGCCGGAUAGUAUCGUCAAUCGAGACUACUAUAUCAAUCAGCAGUCAGCGAAAAUAGAAAGCGGAGAAUUGCCGUACGGCAGAGAAAAAAAUCCGAUGCUGAUGAAACUUGCGAGAAAAAAUCCAUACUACAAGCGAAACGAGGCAAAAAUUUGCAGUUUCUUUGUGAAAGGUACAGCUGUUAUUUGCCUAGUUGUUUUUACCUCGAUUACUAACUCGACCUGGAUGAAUGUGUCAAGAAGAAGAACUACAACACUACGGUAGAAGUUAGAAUUUAUUUGACAUUCAUCAUGACGAUGAACCUACUGAUGUUACAACUUCUUCUUCUCCUCGUCUCAUCUGCUCCGACUUCUCCUUUAAAGGACCGUCCCUGCUAAUCCUAUUAACCCUUGUCUCAGGAACUUGCAAUCGUGGUGACGAGUGCCCUUUUCGACACGAGAUGCCUGAGACUGGUGAAUUGAGCAAACAGAACGUCCGCGACCGUUUCCAUGGCACCAAUGAUCCCUUGGCAGCAAAAUUGAACCGAGUAGCGAACGAAAAGCUCACUCUGAAGCCUCCAGAAGACAAGAGCAUUACGACGCUAUACGUUGGAGGUAAUGUUCACUUCUGACCUGCUUGUUGAAGAUCAUGCAAAUUUUUACGAUUUCUGGAGGAUAAAGUACUAGGCUCCUGGAGUCACUGAAAGAAGAAGAACUUUUCUAUCUUGUUCUUCAAAUAUUGUCUCAUCGUUAAACAACUUAUCGGGUCUUCACGACAUCAAGAAUUUUCCAUCCCUGCUCCAAAUUAAUACCCGCUGCACAACAAUUUUUUCAUCUUGUUUCUUCAAAAUCAGGUGUCGACCCCAGCAUCUCUGAGCAGGACUUGCGCAAUCAUUUUUACAUUCAUGGCGAGCUGAAGAUGAUCAAAAUGAUCCCAAAACAGAGCUGCGCUUUCGUCGUCUACCGUGUGAGAGAAGCAGCUGAGGCAGCAGCUGAGAAGCUGUAUAAAAACCUGAAAAUCAAAGGCCACGACUUGCGGAUCCAGUGGGGCCAGAAGAUGAAGACGAAUGCAGACAAAGCAGCUGAAGAAGCAGAGGCAGCUAGAAAGCGAGCCACAAACGACAAGCGAGACCCACUAGCUGCGCCAGGCGACCAGAAACACUACUACCCAAGUAUGAACCCUAUGAACUACAACAAUGCACCAUUGAUGGAGGGAAAUGUUGCCGGAGCAGCUGGGAAAAUGAAAGGAGGUGGUAAAGACGGAAAAGACGCGGCUGGAGGUAAAAUGAAAGGCGGGAACGGGGGAAUGAAUUAUCCAGGAGAUAAGGGAUCAAAAGGUGGAGGUAAAAAUGCGAAUAUGAUACCACUAGGAGCAGGAGGACCGGGAGGGCCAGGAAUAAUGGCAGGACCACCAGUGAACUUUCCAACAACAGGUCCACCACCUUUUCCGGGUUUCGAGCGACCACCAGGAUAUGGUCCGGCAGGCAAAGAGGGCGGUGCGGGAAAAGGAGCGGGCCCUUACGGGAAGUGAACACGCUCACGCCAAUAACACGAACAUAAUUAAUGAGAAAUUGUAAGACCACACUUAACAAACUACAUGCUCGAGUGAAGAGUUGUUGUACUUCUACGAUUUUGAUUUGGUUACUUUACUUCCCUCGGGAAAGAACGAUUCCCUCGGGAUUGAACUUGGUAAGGCUAUGGCCGAAACGGUCGUAGAUAAAAAUGUACUGUGGUGCUUUUCUCCCUAGCACCAAAUUUACUUUUCGACAGACCCGAUGGCUUUCUGCGACCCAAAAAUAAAGAAAUUGAAAGGAAAACGCACGCACAGCAAGGAGAACAUCAGGAAAAGUUCGGCAUACCGCGUCCUCGUGGUUGACGAGACACGUCUUUCGCUGGAAGUUUAUUGCGGUGACAACAUUUUAUGGUUGAAUCUGUUGUUUCCACUGAGCAUCGGAGAUAGACGCACCCGAUCAUCAUGUACAACAUCAACAACCUUGUAUAUUGUAGACUGUGAAAAUGACGAGAGAUUAUACAGUGAAGAAAUCUAUCAAGUAUCGGUUGUUUUAUGCAGCACACCAGAGACACUGUCAACCUCAUGCUCAACGAUGUCA